UCCUCCUGCUGCAGUGCUGCUUAGAGCUGAGUGUGGAAGGACUCGGUACCGGAUCUCUCUCUCUCUCUCACUCACUCUCUCUCUCUCUCUCUCUCUCUCUCUCUCUCUCUCUCUCUGAAAAUGACCAGUGUACACGCGCUGCACGAGCCGCUCGAGAGGAUCACCUCAGAGCCGGUUGAGGAUGUUGAUCCCAGCAGCUUCAUUACAGACACGUCUCGCUCUCUGAAGUCCAACUACCCUGUCCAAGUCACUGAUCCCCACGAUACCGUGACUCUCCAGAUCAGUUCAGUGCCUCCAGGAUACCUCACACCUCCCAUGGACCGGAUACAGCAGCCUGUUGAAAAUGAAGCAAGUGCAUUAAUCUGUCCAGGAUCCAUUACUCCAGAGUUCACCCCGGAUCUGCAGUGCUUGUCCAGCUCCUGUGAGAAAUGCCUCUGCUCCAUUCCACCUCCAAAAAUCAGUGACCUGCUGGACGAUGAGGAUCUCCUCCACACGCUGCGGCUGAAGCUGGACCCUGCACACUACACCGUCAAGAACUGGAAGAACUUUGCCAGCCGCUGGGGCAUGAGCUACGACGAGCUGAUGAUGCUGGAGCAGCGGACGCACGGCUCCACCUACCACAGCCCCACUCAGGAGUUCCUGUUCCGCUACAGCCAGAAACCCGUGACGGAGCUGACCAAGCUCUGCCAGUUCUACCAGCGCAUCGACGUGCUACGGCUUCUUCAGCACUGGGUGGAGAACGACUGGCCCUCACGCUGGAAACGGGUACGUUAGCACCAAAAAAAAAAUGGACACAUAGUGAAAGACUGACAUGAGGCUCGUGUUUUUUUAGACCCAGAGUGGACAUGCUGCUGGACUGGUCAUGGAUCCUGCUGUUUUUCAUAUGUGGACUUUCUGGAGUGUUUAUAUUACGCAACCCAGUUUUAUUUCUUCAUUUAAUCAUUUUAAAUUGAACAUUAACAGCGAAUGACCCCUCUGUUGCCAUGGUGAUGUUGAUCAGUAAAUCAGGGAAUAGAAGCCAUAAGGUAAAGAUCGAAGUGUCCAUUGACCACUCAGAGACCCAGACAGAAUACAGAGUGCAUUCUGGGUAACACACUGACGGAGCAUUAAUUAGUAUAAAUACAACAUGAAAGAUUUUAUUCAAACCCUGAGGCUGACAUGCAGUACCGAGAUUCUUCUGAGGUUCUCAGACAUAAGGGUUCCUCUUGGGUUCUUUGGAUAGUCAGACUCAUAUAGGGAAACAGCUCCAGGAAACAAGGUUCUGCACAGAACAUCAAAGGAUCCAUCAAAGGACUGGAUUUAUGGAUCUCUAUUAAAACAUCACAGGGACACAUUGAAAGAUCUCUUCUGUGCAGAACCCAACAGUGAGUUCCUCUGUGGUUCUUUUGGUAGUGAAGGGUUCACUCUGAUCAGAAGCUUCUGCAGAGAACCUCAGAGGGUUUAAAUAAGAGGGACUUUACGGUUCUUCACGCUUCAUUGUUCAUGCAGUGAUUUUGUGUUGGGAAGCUCUGCUGUGUUGCGUACUUUACAACCCUCGCUGUCUGCUGAGUGGAAUUAUGGCAUAUCUGACACUUCUGUGCUAAAGCUAGGUCCUUCUGCUGCCCUCUGAAAAGAACUCUGGAUAUCUUCUGUGUAGCGGUUAUCAGUGGAGGCCAUAGAUGUGUUCACACAAGCGAGCGACCGGACAGUAGCGUAUCUGUACAACUUCUAAAGUUCAACACAAAUUAAAUAACACACAGAAAAUCAGGUGUGUGAUUUAUGCUGUCAUUAGCUUCAUACUAGGAUUCGAUUGACAAAGCUAACAUUUACAGCUACGUUCACUCACCAGAGGCUGAACUCUGCUACCCCAGCUCUACUUUACUUCUGUACAUGUUUAAUGAGAGCUUGUAUACGACAAGAGAAGAUCACCACACAUUCUUCCAGUUUGAGAGUUAAAUGGGAACUGAAUGGACAGACAGAGGACUGGACUGGGGAAUCGCUCCAGACAUUCGUUUACAUUUCUUACUUUUUUUUAAAUUCCAUAAAUUUUUAUUCAAAUUUCAUUUGUCGUUUUGUUACUUGCUAGUGUGAACGUGUGUAAAGGUGUGUUCAGGUAGAGGUCAGUUUGAGGACAAUAACCUUUCACCUUGCACUUAAAUGUUUGAGUUUAUUUUAGAAAUAAAUUAGCAAUUUCAUUAUCAAAUAAAAAUGGUAAAAUAAAAGAUUUUGUGUUUUCUUCAGGAGGUUUUACUAUGAUUUGAUUUCCUUUAUUUUUUUAAACAGCCGGAGAAAGAAUGUUUCAGAAAUAAUAGAAAUAAUCAGAGUAUUGAGUAAAAUCCAUUAGUUUAAAACUCUCCUGUUUGUGUCAUGUGAGUUGCACCUAAACAUGAUAUUUUUGUUGUUGUUUUAUUUUUAAGUCAAAAAGUCAGAAAUCCUGAAGAUGAUCCUCGCAGCUGUUGUACACGUGGGUCACGUUGUGUGUGUUUGUACAUGUACAAGUGUGUUUCAUUUUCAUAAAUAAAUGUGUCGAUUAAUAUUAGAGCCUGAGACAUGACUUGAAAGCAAAGCUAGUUCUCUAACACGAAAAGAAAAACAAAUUAUCAUGUGGUAAAGAGAAAAACGACAAGGAUGAACUGACAAAUUUUAAUUUAUUGAAAAAGUGACAUGUAUCUAAAUAUUUUACAGUUAGAGAAGAGGGAAGUUUGUUACAAACAUAAAGUCCUAAUAUCAUUGUAAAUAAACAGGAUUUUCCCCCAUUAAUAACAAUACUGAUAAAUAUCAAGAAAAAAAUAGAUAUAAAGUAAUUCCGU